AAAACCCUAACUUCGAUCCCUCCUUCCACCGGCGCGGCAGAGAGUACAGUAGUGUUGUUGGAUCGUAAUGGGUAGGGUGAUUCGUGCACAGCGUAAGGGUGCGGGGUCGGUGUUCAAGUCCCACACCCACCACCGCAAGGGUCCGGCGAGGUUCCGCAGUUUGGACUUCGGCGAACGGAACGGGUACCUGAAGGGCGUGGUCACCGACAUCAUCCACGACCCCGGGCGCGGCGCCCCUCUGGCCAAGGUCACCUUCCGCCACCCCUUCCGCUACAAGAAGCAGAACGAGCUCUUCGUCGCCGCCGAGGGCCUCUACACCGGCCAGUUCAUUUACUGCGGCAAGAAGGCCACCCUCGUCGUCGGCAAUGUCUUGCCCAUCAGAUCCAUCCCCGAAGGUGCCGUCAUCUGCAACGUCGAGCACCACGUCGGUGACCGCGGCGUCUUCGCCAGAGCCUCCGGCGACUACGCCAUUGUUAUCAGCCACAACCCCGAUAACGAUACCUCUAGGAUCAAGCUUCCUUCUGGUGCGAAGAAGAUUGUGCCAAGUGGGUGUAGGGCGAUGAUUGGGCAAGUUGCGGGAGGAGGGAGGACUGAGAAGCCUCUUCUUAAGGCUGGUAAUGCUUACCACAAGUUUAGAGUAAAGAGGAAUUGCUGGCCUAAGGUGCGUGGUGUGGCUAUGAACCCUGUUGAGCAUCCUCAUGGAGGAGGUAACCACCAACAUAUUGGGCAUGCUAGUACCGUUCGGCGUGAUGCUCCUCCUGGCCAGAAGGUUGGUCUCAUUGCUGCUAGGAGGACUGGUCGUCUUAGGGGACAAGCUGCUGCCACUGCUGCCAAAGCUGAUAAGACUUCUUGAAGAGUUUCUUAGGGUUGUAUUUGAUUAUUAUUAUAAGUUCUCAAAUUUUGUUUCUUUAGUAGUUUAUGUUUAACUGUUUUGAGUACUACUUCGAGCACCAUUUUCCCCAUAAAUAUGAAGCUGGCAAUAGACGGUGUAUUUGUUCGAGAUUUAUUCACUGCUGUUGUUUGUCAACCUUUUACUGCUAGCAACUAGUUGGUACUUGGAAUGCUUCUCUCAUUUCAGUGUGGUUUUUGUUUUAGCUGCACCUUAUCAUAUUUUUAUGCUAUUUUGCUUG